CCUUGGAUUAAAGGUUACAAAAAUUCAUGAAGCUCUAAAAUUCCAUCAAUCCCCAUGGAUGAAGCCCUAUAUAGAGGAAAAUAUUCGCAAAAGAAAAAUUGCUAAAGCAUCUGGGGACGAAUUUGGAGUUAUGUACUAUAAAUUAAAAAAUAAUGCUGUCUUUGGUAAGCAAAUGGAAAAUGUCCGAAAACAUAUGAGAGUAGAAUUACUUAAACCUGAUGAGGACAAAAAACUUAAAUGUCUUACCUCAUCUCCUUUACAUGUAGGUUUUAAGGCUUUCGAAGGCGGAAUUACAGCCAUCCAUAUGCUAAAAAGCCAGAUUACUCUAAAUAAGCCGAUGUUUGUAGGACAAGCAAUUCUCGAUAUUAGUAAGGCUAUGAUGUAUAACUUUUGGUAUGGCUAUAUUAAACCCCGUUAUGGGGAAAAGGCCCGCCUUCUUUAUACUGAUACCGAUUCACUAAUUAUGUGGAUUGAAACUGAAGACGUUUAUAAAGACCGGGCAGAGAGGCCAGACCUAUUUGAUCUUAAUAAUUCCGGAGACUUAUUUCUAAUGAAAGAUGAAUGUAAGGGAAUCCCGAUUAGUGAAGCUGUAUGCUUAAAGCCGAAAAUGUAUUCAGUUCUUCCAGUUGGUCAUGACCCCAAAACGCCUAUAACAGAGGCGGAUUUUGAAAAAGAGUUAGAAGAAGAGGGUUGGCAGAAAAAAAUGCUUAAAAACUCGAAAAAUUACUAG